CGCUCAGAACAGAGUCGGACUUGAUAUCGGGAUUGAGCGCAGCUUUAUUUUAACUCAUAGAUCACAAAGAUAGAAAGAGACAAAAAGUAAGAUUUUUUUUUCAAUUUAAAGUAGAAUCGGGGAUGCCAAACAUGUAGGCAAGAUUAGUUUUUGAAAGACUCGUGCCACUGGACACCCUACUUGAGCAGCGCCUUAUUCCGCUUGACUUGUUGAGAUGCUCCGUCUAAAGGUGAACACAAUCGCCGGAUCUGCCACGCUCUUCAGGACUCUGUCGAUGUAAUUUUUAAAAAGCGGAGAGUGGAGCCAGGCAGUACACGAAGAGGGAGUGAUUCUGCUGCUCUCUGUUCUGAUUGCACCCUCGUCUGAGACGUGGUGUGCCGAGGGAAAUCGAGCGCGCCUGCCUCGACUCCGACAUACAUAGACUCGCGCACGCACUGCGGAGCGGCCAGUGUGGCACACGCUCGGAACGGGGAAUCUGCUGAUGGAUUGUGCCGCCUUAUUGCGCCUUUGGACCAGCGGACGUGGAGCAGCUCUCUACGGGAACAGACUGCCUUGGUGGGACGAAUAGGAGGGAGGCAGGGAGGAAGUCGAAAGGAAGACAGAGGCUGCCGGGCUUCUGCGAUGUUGGGUGGAUACAGAGACAUCGGACCGGCAAUGGCUGUCAUAAGGAAUACAUGAAUCCCCACCCUGACGCUCAGGGGCACUGGAAUAUAUUUCUAACCCGUUUCUAUUUAACAUUCACGUGUCAUGGCUUUACAAAACACAUCCGACACUUCCAGGGCAAAUAAGAAAAACCCCGGCCUUAUAGAUUUGGGAACUUUCUAUGUGGACUCGGACAUCAUUUUUGGAUUUACGAGUCAUCUUUUAAGAAGGAAAACCAAGGUUGUGGAAGGCUGCUCCACCAAAGAGGCUCCUGUGCCCCUGCCACUUGGUCCACGUAAGAGGCUUCAGUCUGCCGAGGAGGAUCAAUGUGGCAGCCGGCCACCCCCAGAGGGAGCUGGGUCAGUCAGUGUCACCGAGUCCAGCCCCCUUGACAGGAUGGAAGAAAAGGGCAACUGGUGCAAGAAGUGUCAAUUCCGACUGUGUGAGCUGAAGAAGCAGGCGCUGGCGCUGGCAGUCCCGGGUUCCUUUAAGGACCCCGGCUUUGCUGCUUUUCUCUUUGACAAACUACAAGUGCCUGACUCACCGCAGAAAGGCUGGCAUGAGGGCCGCUGUGACAUCUGUGCCACCCACUUCAGCCAGCUGAGACAUGAAGCGCUCCAGAUGGCACAGGCCUUCGCUCAGGCUGAAUGCAGAGAGGCCAUCUUCCCUGUGCCAUCCCACAAGGCCAGCGACACAAGCUUGCUGGCCUUACCCUCCUGUAAGGAUUGGGCCCUGCAAUCUAGCCGGCAGGUGGGUAAGCCUGUCGGCCCCUUAGCAGAGACACAGAGGAAGAAAGCCUGGUUGGAGACUGCCCCCGGUGUGCCCAAGCCAAGCGUCCAGGUGACGGUGGGAGCGGGUGCCCUGAGCAGCACACUCAACUCAGUCACCAUUCAAGCACAGCAGUACCUCGAGGGCAUGUGGAGCAUUUCACGGGUCAACAGCUUCCUGCCUCAGACCUGCCUGGUGCAGGCUUCUGUGGCAGAGACUGGAAAGGAAAGCUAUGGGUUGGAGACCAGCCGUGCCACUCCUGCAGCCAGUGGGCAUGCCGGACCAGAGGUUUCUGGUUUUCUGGCUGCAUCUGGGGUAAGCGCCAGCACAUCUGCUGCUGCUUCCUUCUUCAUUAGGGCAGCACAGAAGCUGAACCUCUCCUCUAAGCGUAAGAAGCACCACCCACCAUUGCCUGCCCCCCAGGAGUCCUCACUCUACCCUACCAACUUCAGCGCCAUCCUGCAGCUGUACCCACCCCCUGCGCCACCAUGCCUUCUGAGAGCUGUGUCAAAAGUCAAGGACAACCCAGGAAUUGGAAAGGUCAAGGUGAUGGUCCGCAUCUGCCCCUCUCAAGGAGGGCAUCACACAUCAGAAUCCAUGUCCUUCCUGAAGGUGGACCCCCGCAAGAAACAGCUAACCUUGUACGAUCCUGCGGCUAGCGGGAACCUCAACUCAGGACACAGGAGGGCAGUCAUCGCAGUGCCAAAGAUGUUCGCCUUUGAUGCAGUUUUCACCCAGGAUGCCUCACAGGCUGAGGUGUGCUCAGGAACGGUGGCUGAAGUAAUCCAGUCAGUUGUGAAUGGUGCUGAUGGCUGCGUAUUCUGCUUCGGCCACGUCAGGCUUGGUAAAACUUUCACCAUGAUUGGGAAGGACAACUCCACCCAGAACCUAGGCAUUAUCCCUUGUGCAAUUUCUUGGCUUUUCAAACUGAUUAACGAGCGCAAGGAGAAAACAGGCACUCGCUUCUCAAUCCGGGUAUCAGCAGUGGAGAUCUGUGGAAAGGACGAGACCCUCAAGGACCUGUUGUCAGAUGUGGCCAGCGGGAGUCUCCAGGAUGGCCAGUCUCCAGGGGUGUACCUCCGAGAGGACCCAAUUUGUGGAACUCAGCUUCAGAAUCAAAGCGAGCUGAGGGCCCCCACCGCCGAGAAGGCUGCCCUCUUCCUGGAUGCCGCGGUCGCUGCCAGGAGCACCAGCAGGGUUGACUGUGAAGAGGAGGACAGGAGGAAUUCACACAUGCUCUUCACCCUGCACAUCUACCAGUAUCGCAUGGAGAAGAGUGGAAAGGGAGGAAUGUCGGGUGGGCGGAGCCGUUUGCACCUAAUUGAUCUGGGAAGCUGCGAGAAAGUCCUGAGCAAGAGUAGAGACGGAGGAGGAGGCCUGUGUCUGUCCUUGACUGCCCUUGGGAAUGUGGUACUUGCUCUGGCCAACGGUGCCAAGCACGUCCCAUACAAGGACAGCAAGCUGACGAUGCUUCUGAGAGAAUCCCUGGGGAACAUCAACUGUAGGACGACCAUGAUCGCCCACAUCUCUGACUUACCAGUCAACUAUGCAGAGACCCUCACCACCAUCCAGCUUGCAUCUCGAAUCCACCGAAUGAGAAAGAAAAAAUCUAAGUAUGCCUCCAGUUCCUCAGGCGGAGAGAGUUCCUGUGAAGAAGGUCGAUCUCGCCGUCCAUCCCAUUUGCGACCGUUCCAUCCCCGCACUGUUGCCCUGGAUCCCGACAUGCCUGUCCUGAGCAUUUCAAGUGACCCUGACUACUCCUCGAGCAGUGAGCAGUCCUGUGACACCGUGAUAUACGUUGGGCCUGGGGGAGCAGCCCUGUCUGACCGAGAGCUCACUGACAAUGAAGGCCCACCAGAAUUUGUCCCCAUCAUCCCCUCACUCAACCGAAAGCGGGUCAAGGACAGCCCUGCUGGAGCCCCCAGGAGUUUUGACCGAGAUCAUUUCAAAUGUAACACUUUUGCCGAGUUACAGGAACGGCUGGAUUGCAUUGAUGGCAGUGAGGAGCCUUCCUCCUUCACGGCCGAGGGAAGCUCGAGUUAUCCUAGGACUGAUGGCGUGCCUUUCAAAUCGUCAAAGGAAGGGGCUGACCCCUAUUUACAGACUAGUGUGCAGGAAGGUCUUUCCCCGAAGAGGCUCUCCCACUCUCCAGCCAGCAACUCUCCUAUCAAGCCCAAGCCUGAACAUUCCAGCUGCUUGGCGGCCCAAUCUGUAGGAGACAGGGGGUCGUUCGAGCAGAACACACGGACGCACGCUGAUGGGGAGAAGUUGCCCGUUUGUGGUGGUCUGCCAAAAGGCACAGCAUAUAAAACUGUGGAUCACACAUGCGAGCCUGUCGUUAGAGAGAAGGCCUACAGCAGGAGACCCCUUCCCAAACCAGCCCCACCACCUCCUCAGCUAAAGGAUGGUCUAGAGUUUGAUGGGGUCAGCAUCACCAGGACUCCACCGGUGGGGAUGAGUCACCAGAGUGGAAAAAUACCUGAACCGCGGUGCAGCCCAGUCCUCAGCAGCAGGCAUCCCAUGAGCAGGAGUCCUGUGGAAAUAAGCCACCUGCGGUCCACCUUAAGGAAUAAAUGUUUCAAUCCAGACAUCUUGACGACUACCGUGACCCUGCAGCAGCCUGUGGAGCUGAAUGGUGAGGACGAGCUGGUGUUCACUGUAGUGGAGGAGCUGUCCAUUGGAGGGGUGCUGAACAGAGGUCGGCCGUCCAGCAUAAUCAGCUUCAACAGUGACUGCUCGCUGCAGGCCCUGGCAUCUGGCUCCCGGCCUGUCAGCAUCAUCAGUAGCAUUAACGACGAGUUUGAUGCUUAUACCUCACAAAUGGAGAAAUGUGGUGCCAACGUAGAUAUGGUGUCCUCGUUUCCCCAAGAAGCUCUGAUCUCUUCCUGCAGCAGGCGCUCUUCCAUUAGCUCCUGGCUGAGUGAAGUGAGCGUGUGCUCCAUGGACGGUAGCAGUGCCCAGUCAUGCAACACUAUGGCCACACAAUCAGGUGGCAUGGAACCGGAAGGUGCCUUCUGUUUGGACGCUCUUGGCAUGCUGCACGGGGAUGUGUUGUCUCCUCAAAUUGUGAAAUGUUCCAUGGACGACAGUGGGUUUUCCUUCUCCGAACUUGACGGUGACAGUGCCACUUCCAGCAAGCUCUCCCUGAAUGUCACCAAGUGCCCAUCAACUCCGGAAUCUACCAAAGUGGCUGCUAGGUCAGGUAAAGCCUCUGCCUGUUCCUUAGACAAAGCCACCACCCUUGGCUUGUCCCAGACCAGCCCGCUCCAUCAAGCUGUUCAUUCCAGUCUUCCCAGGAAAAUGAAAUCUACCUCAGUUUCCCCUCAUAACAGCAGCAGCACUCAGAACUGCCAUGACCUGCAAGAUGAUCCCUGGUUAAUGCGUAUGGAUCAGAACCCAGAAGCCAAAAGCUUUGACUCUGCCACAGCUGGCAAGCUCUACAGAAGUGGAACAAGCCUGCCUGCAAAAAAAACGGCUGUAAACAACAACGGUGGUGGUGCUGUGCCACGUGCCACUUCUAAGAUGCAGCUGUGUUCCUCGUCACAAAGGGUUGUGGAUGGCUGUGAGAAAUCAAGUAAUAAAAAAUCUGAGGUGCCAAGCAAAAUGCCACAGCUGAAGAGAGGCGCUACCACACUUGGCACCGUUCCUGUUAUUCCCAAUCCAUCAUCCACUGACUUCAAGGGAUGCCAGGAUGGGCCGAAUGGGAAUCUCAGAUACUCUUCCUUGGGAAAAAAGGCAACUGUGCAGAAAGCUACUUUGAUCCCAAAGCCCGGUGGCAUCUCCCCUCCGGCACCACCAAUCCGUAAAUCCAGCCUGGAUCAAAAGAACCGGGUUUUGCUGCCUCCCAGUGCCUUAAAAUCUGCGGGUCCAGAUGCAGGAAAGUCCUCCAUGCCCAGACCAGUAGCUGUGUCUGAAGAUGAGCUAGACGUGCGGUCAAAGGCCGAGCUGAGCUACCACAAAUACUCAAGCUUGAAGAUUGACCACGGGUCAACAAAAAUGAGUGGCAGCCUGAAGGCUCGAGCUACCAGGUCCGAGUCAGGCCAGUGUUACGGCAGCCAGAUGUCACUUGAGAGGUGUGACAGCUUGACAUCCGUUGGGUCCAAAGUUAGCCUUUCUAGAGAGAAUAGUGGUGCCAGUCUGGGGCAUAAUGGCAAAGCAGGUCGAUCUGUGCCAAGACUUGGAGUGCCACCAGCUCCUACCUCUCCACCUUCCUGUAUUGCCCCCGGACCACUGGUCAGAGCAGGUCAAGUGAAAGGCAAUGUGAACCCCAAGGUGGUCAAUGGUAAUGGAAGCAAAGCCCGUAGCUUGUCAGCCAGUAGUUCCAAACCUCUGAGUUCUUCCACUAAGUCCCUGACCUCACCAACAGCACGAGGUGCCAACUUACCUCCUAGUGGUAAAGCUCCAGCUCGAUCAGUUCCUGGGGUUAAUGGAAAGCCUGGCAGGGGAACUAUCAUGGGCACAAAGCAAGCCAUCCGUGCAGCCAAUAGCCGAGUGACUGAACUGGCUUCUGGAAGCUCUGGAAAAGUAGGAUCAUUUAGAGGGUCUGGAGAUUCAGACAGCGGGAAUGACAGCGGAGUGAACCUGGGAGAUGACCAGUCACCCAUUCCAAUAUUGCCUUCUCCAUACAGCAAAAUCACUGCCCCUAGGCGGCCACAGCGGUACAGCAGCGGCCAUGGAAGUGACAACAGUAGCAUUCUCAGUGGUGAGCUGCCCCCCGCCAUGGGUCGGACUGCCCUGUUCUACCAUAGUGGGGGCAGCAGUGGCUAUGAAAGCAUGAUCCGUGACAGUGAGGCCACAGGCAGUGCCUCAUCAGCCCACGACUCCAUGAGUGAGAGUGGCAUGUCGUCCUCAGGCCGUACAAGAACAUCCAAGUCGCCAAAGAAGAGAUCGAAUGGCCUCCAGCGGCGGCGCCUCAUUCCUGCCCCCAUGCCUGACACGUCAUCCCUGGGGAGGAAGCCAAGCACGACAGGCCAGUGGGUUGACUUGCCACCUCUGGCUGGGACCCUGAAAGAGCCCUUUGAAAUCAAAGUCUAUGAGAUUGAUGAUGUGGAGCGGCUCCAGAGACAUCGCCUGGAGGAGAGUGCCGAGCCAUUCGAGGAUGUUGAAAAGGGCCUGCUGUACUUCAAUGCAAAACUGAAGCUGCUAGAGCGACGGCAACAACAGAUUAAGGAGCUGAAGAAGAAGCAUGAAAUACUGAAGGAGGAGCUGGAGGGUACAAAGCAGAGGCUGAUGAUGGAUCCCGGCAAGUGGCUAGGAGAGUUCGAAGUUGAUCCGAGUCUGGACAAGGAGUCACAGGAGUACCUAGAGGCCCUGGAGCAGGCCACAGAGGACUUAGAGUAUUGCGUCAACCUAUGCAAGUCGCACGUCAUGAUGGUAACCUGUUUUGACAUCGGUAUGGUCUCCGACGGCCCAGAGGGGCUACGGGAGGUUGAGGUGUGAAGAGCAGAAUGCAAGUGAAUGAGAAAAAAAAAUGGAGGAACACAAGGAAGGACUGCGAGCAGAAGACGUUGAGAAGCGUAAUGCAAAGCCAUUUUUUUGAGGGUAGAGAAGACAGUAUUACCUACAGACACACAAACUGACAGACAGAGUGUCGAGGUGAGUGAACAGCAGGUGACGGGACAUGAAUGUGACGG